AUGUGCGACCGGUCGAUACGCGAUCCAGACGUGCCGUGGUUGGAGGAGUCACCGCUGACUGCUACCAUCCCUCAAUCAGUGACCGUGCAGCAACAGGUUUGGUUUUAUCGGCCUGAUCUAUUCCAUACCUGCCACAAGGGCUUGAUGGCCGAGCUUGCUGGUAGUGCUUUGGUGAGCAUGUUGGACUUGAACCUCGAUACGGGCGGUGGUGCUGGGAACAUCCCGGACAGGCUUCACAGCCUUUACUUGGAGAUGAAGGUCUUUCGGGGCCCCAGUCGCGUGCGGCCACGCUGGCAGAGCCACGCAUGGCACCCGCAAUUCAUGCGCUAUAGAAGUGCCCUCACUGCGAUUACAUUGCUGGUGUCUGUGAGCUAA